AUGGGUAUCGAGGAAAUACAGAAGGAUCUCGCGGGAUUGAGGAAGAGACGAGGAGUGAUCAAAGGAUCCCUGACCAGAAUGAGGAACUUUGUAAAUGAUUUUGAAACAAAGGAUCAGCCAACAUCACUUCUGGAGUUCCGUCAAGAUGAGGUUCCGCAAAUCAAUAAAAGGUAUGACGACGUUCAAAGCCAAAUUGAGUUGUUAUCUGAUGAAACGGAGGUAGAAGAAAACGAACGAGAAACAUUUGAAAGGGAUUACUAUGAAAUACGGUCCAAAAUACAGGAAAUAAUAAACGCAGAAAAAACAAAUAGUUCCACCACUUCAAAUAUUAACCCCAACACUGCACCAUGGACACCAAAUAGAGCACGACUGCCGCCGAUUACCAUUCCUGAGUUUGACGGAAAUCUACAAAAUUGGGAGUCAUAUUUUGACUGUUUUCGAUCAAUGAUACACGAGGACACUGGUUACACUUCAGUCCAGAAACUUCCAGCCGACGUGUCAACAACCCUUGCUGACCCGGAGUUCUAUAAACGAAGAAGCGUUGAUCUGUUAAUAGGUGGAGGUGCCUUUUUCGAUAUACUAUGCGCUGAACGAAGAAUAAUUGACAAGGGACCUUUGUAUCUGCAGAACAGUCAAUUCGGUUGGAUUGUGACGGGAGAAUUAGGUCUCACUUGCUUACUGGGUAUUAACUCAGUCGGUAAAGGUUUAGAGGAAGAAUGGCAAUCUGAGGAAAAUUAUGAAUCUUCCAAAUACGGACGUCUGUCGAAAGCUAACCAAAGAAGUUUAGAAGAGGAGGAGACUGCAGAAUACUUCAGACAGACAACAAGUCAAGAUAUGGACGGUCGAUUUAUCGUGCACUUACCAAAAAAAUCAAUAGUGAAGAACCUAGGAGCGUCACUGACUAUGGCAACUUCUCGGUUUCUAAGUGUAGAACGAAGAUUGCAAGGUGAUGACAAAUUGAAAACAGAAUAUACCGCAUUCAUGAACGAUUAUAUUAAGCUGGGUCACGCAAGAGAAGUAAUUGGAGAAAUGAUCAUACCUGAACCGUCGUUCUACCUUCCACAUCACGCAGUAAUUAAGGCUUCCAGUUUGACCACCAAGGUUCGUGUUGUGUUUGAUGCUUCAGCAAAAAGCUCUUCCGGCUUAUCUCUAAAUGAUGUAUUGAAAUGUGGCCCUACAGUGCAAGAAGAUGUUUUUGGAAUCUUAGCCAGGUUCAGAAAGUUUCAAUAUGUCAUAACGUCUGACGUGGAAAAAAUGUUUCGACAGGUACAGGUAGUGAAAGAAGAUUGGAAUCUACAACGAAUAGUUUGGAGAUCAGAUCCAAAUGAGCAAUUACGUACAUACCAAUUGACUACAGUCACUUACGGGACAACACCAGCAUCCUUCCUAGCCACGCAGUGCUUAGUCUCUUUAGCGGAAGAAGAGAGACAUAAUUUUCCCCAAGCAGCUCGUGCCAUCCUCCAUGAUUUUUAUAUGGAUGAUUUGAUGACCGGUGCAGACACUAUAGAAGAGUGUGCCAAACUUCAAAAAGAGAUCAACUCAAUUAUGGACUCUGGUAAAUUACCAUUAAGGAAAUGGUGUUCAAAUUCUCCGUCCAUUAUGAAUCUAAUAGGAAAACGUGAGCACGACCCAUUAUUCUCAUUAGAAAUUGGAGAUCACGACACGGUGAAAUCACUAGGACUAGAAUGGAAACCAUUAGCAGACCAAUUCUUCUUCACUAUAUCGACCGUGACAAGGAAGAAGAGGCUAACCAAGAGAAUGAUACUUUCAGAUUUAAAUAGGAUUUUUGAUCCGCUUGGUCUAUUAACACCAGUGCUCAUAAAAGGUAAAAUAUUUCUCCAGCAGAUGUGGGCAACAAAGAUAGGCUGGGACACCCAACUAUUAGAUGAGAUGCAAAAUAAAUGGAUUGGCUUUUACCAAACCCUUGAACAACUGAAGUGUUGUAUCAUACCAAGAAAGGUAAUCCCAGUGACUAGCGAUGAAGUUGAGAUGCACGGUUUCUGCGAUGCGUCAGAACAAGCAUAUGGCGCUUGCGUAUAUGUCCGCUCAAGGGAUGCCAGCGGAAAAUGGCACUCAAGACUACUGUGUGCUAAAACUCGUGUGGCACCGUUGAAAGGAGCCACAAUUCCAAGACUGGAAUUGAACGGUGCACUGCUGCUAGCCGAGCUAGUGAAUAAGGUAGCCGAAUCUUGGAUGGUCAGUGUACGCACUUUUCGCUUAUGGACCGACUCCAUGAUAGUGCUGAGUUGGAUAAACAGUCAAGGAGUGCGCCUAAAAACCUUCGUGCUAAAUCGUGUGUGUCAAAUCCUGGAAUUAACAGAUAUAUCACAAUGGCAUCACGUACGCACAGAUAAAAACCCAGCGGACAUAAUAUCAAGAGGAAUAACCUCAUCAGAGCUGAUAGUAUCCGAGGAAUGGUGGCAAGGACCUAAAUGGAUGUCAACCGAAGAAGAAAAAUGGUCUCACCCCACUGCCCAAUUAAUUGAAAAUGAUCAAAUUCCAGAGCAACGACAGUUAAAAAUUGCAUUAGUUGCUUGUGAUACUAUCAACAACAUUUUUAAUGCGCAUUCCAAUUGGAACACCCUAGUAAGGUCUGUUGCCUGGAUCUUACGUUUCAUAAAGUACAAAAAAUCUAAGGUCAUAGACACCUCCAAAUUUCUUUCUGCCCUAGAAUUGAAGAACGCAUCUUUAUCAAUUAUAAAACGAGUUCAAGAAGAAGCCUUUCAUGAAGAGAUCGCUAGGAUUAGUACUAAUAAAGAAUUACGUCGUGGAAGCAAAAUCCGCAACCUAUGCCCAUUCAUGAAGGAUGGAUUGAUCAGAGUUGGUGGUCGUUUGGAAAAUGCCAAUUUAGCUGAGAAUCAAAAACACCCAAUAGUGAUUCCAGCCAAUAACAGAGUGACACGGUUAAUAUUUGAAGAUAGACAUCGGAUGCUCUGCCACUGUGGACCACAAUCACUACUAGCGGAAGUAAGAAGAAGUUACUGGCCAUUAAAGGGACGAAUCUUGGCAAGAUCAGUCACAACACGGUGUGUUCAAUGUAUCAAGGCCAAACCAACCUUCUUACAACCACUAAUGGCCCCACUACCCAAGGAUCGUGUUCAACGCCAUCGUCCAUUUGCCGUGUGUGGAGUAGAUUUUGCAGGACCAACGAUAAUAAAGAGUGGACUUCGUCGCGUAACUGGCUCAAAGGCAUGGAUAGCGGUCUUUGUUUGCUUCUCAACUAGAGCAAUCCACUUGGAACCCGUAGAGGAUCUCUCAAGCAGUGCAUUCGUGGCUUGUUUACGCCGCUUCAUGGCGCGCAGAGGAAAGUGUACCAAAAUAUACAGCGAUAAUGGCACUAAUUUCGUUGGUGCACAGAAAGAACUUGCAAGCUAUAUGAUAGGUGUCGAUGAAAAAAUGGCGAAUGAAGGUAUUGAGUGGAAAUUUAAUCCACCAGCUGCUCCACAUUUCGGAGGGCUGUGGGAAAGUGCUGUUAAAACGACAAAAUUUCAUUUAACACGUAUGAUGAAGGAAACACGUCUAACUUUGGGAGAACUAAAUACCCUAUUAUGCCAAGUAGAAGCAUGUAUAAAUUCAAGACCGAUAACACCACUCAGUAGCAAUCCAUCGGAUUUGGAAGUGCUGACGCCAGCACAUUUUCUAAUCGGUGGACCGUUAUUCCUAGCACCGGAAGUAGAUCUAACUGAGAGAUCUCCAAAUGGAUUACGCCGGUGGAAGUAUGUACAGUAUCUCAUGCAGAGUUUUUGGAAGCGAUGGGAAAAGGAAUACCUUCCUCAGUGUCAGGUUCGUGGGAAAUGGGUUACAAAUAUCAGACCCUUGGAAAUCGAUGAUGUAGUGAUAGUGAAAGGAGAAAGCACACAUCCUACAAGAUGGAAGCUAGGGAGAAUAAUCAAUCUACACCCGGGGAAAGACAAGGUCAUACGAGUUGCUACGGUUCGAACAGCAAAUGGUACAGAAAUGCGUAGGCCUACUGUCAAACUAUGUCGUCUUCCUAUACAAGAAGAUGACAUGACUGUUGAAAACCCAUAA